AUGGAAGACGACUUGAGCAUGUACCGCGACAUGAUCAUCGAGGGCGAUCUACCGCUCGAUCUGAGACCACCGCCGAGACUCUACUUACCACACUAUUUACGUGACGACCGCGAAGAAUAUCCUCAAGACGACACUUACGUUUCGGUAGACGAAGAUACGCCAGAUUUACCGCCGCCAUCCAGCGAUUCUGAGAGAUACGACGCGUCCAGUCCUAGUGAUAAACCCAGUUCGCCCAAGAAAGCAAAACAAAAGUCCUCGUCGCAACUUAUCAAGCCGCCCUACUCUUAUAUCGCACUAAUAACGAUGGCCAUCCUACAGUCUCCGCAUAAGAAAUUGACGCUGAGCGGGAUCUGUGAGUUUAUAAUGACUAGAUUUCCAUAUUACCGCGAAAAGUUUCCGGCGUGGCAAAACUCCAUCCGUCACAAUUUGAGCCUUAACGAUUGUUUUAUUAAGAUCCCCCGGGAACCUGGUAAUCCCGGGAAGGGGAAUUACUGGACGCUAGAUCCGUUAGCUGAGGAUAUGUUUGAUAAUGGCAGUUUUUUGCGCCGUCGGAAGAGAUACAAGCGGCCGGCGCCGUCCCUGCAGCACGCUCAUGCAGUGGUUGCGAUGCUUGCAAGAGAAGCCUACGCGCCGCUUUUGCCUUUACCGUGUUAUCUGCCACCGUCGCCCUUACUGUCCUUGCCGCGCCCGCCGCCGGCAGCCUUGCGACCAGUGCCUCUCCCGCCACGGGUCCCGGAAACCACAGACACUCGAGGAAAGAGGUCCAGGAAUGGUUUCUCGAUUGAAUCUAUAAUUGGUUCACAAGAUAAUCAAUCAGAGCCACGGCGAAGUGCCUUCUCGCCUCUGCACCAAGCCACCGGCCCGCCGGACGACUGGGCGAGA